AUGCGGGGGAGGAACUUUGGCCGGAAUGAAUCGGGGCUGGACCCUGAAACGGAAGCCCAGAUUGCACAGUGGCAGAGUGCCUACGUAAACAAGGAGGAGAUGCCCGUAGCCGGCAAGGUUCCUGGUCGCCCGGGUGUUAACCCGGGUGUUUCUGGUCCCACUUCUGGUGCAAAUACCCCAUCCGGAUCCAAUACAGCGGCUAACACGCCAGCACCCACCGUGGGUAACCCGGAGCCUGCACCGAAGACUGUGGUUCGUGCCGGAGGUGGUCAGACCUGGUCCGAUUCGACCCUACUCGAGUGGGAUCCCGCACAUUUUCGCUUGUUUGUAGGCAAUCUGGCUGGUGAGGUCACGGACGAUUCGCUACUCAAGGCAUUCUCCAAGUAUACCUCUGUUCAAAAGGCUCGAGUAAUCCGUGACAAACGUACCCAGAAGAGUAAAGGCUACGGAUUCGUCAGUUUCAGCGACGGCGACGAUUAUUUCAAGGCUGCGAGAGAGAUGCAGGGCAAGUACAUUGGCUCGCAUCCGGUUCUGCUCCGACGAGCCACCACAGAGGUCCGUCCCGUGUCCAACACGAAAAAUGGGAAGAAGCAUGGUGGUGGAGGCGGUUCGGGUGGUGGCUCCGGCAGUGGUAAGGUCAAGCACGAUGGAGUCAAAAAGCACGGAAAGACCAAGGGAGGACUCAAGAUUAUUGGAUGA